AUGACUCGCGUUUCGCGUUCUCUCAGAGACGCGAUUAGAGAUGAAACAGCGUUAUGGACAAACGUCGUUGUCGAACCGCCGCUUAGUUCUCGUUUAACCGAUGAGAUUUUAUCGGAGAUCGCUUCAAAAUCCGCCGGAAAAUUGAAGAAUCUGAUUCUCCGGCAAUGUCUUCGGGUCACCGACAAGGGUCUUCGUCGUGCGGUGGAUUCGAAUCCUCUUAUCACAAAGAUAAUUGUGCCGGGAUGUUUGGAAUUGACUCCAGAAGGAAUCAUGGGAUGUGUUGAAAGCUUGACGAAGAACAAUCAUAAAGUGGAGACACUUCACAUCAAUGGAGUCUAUGGCUUCACCAAACACCACAUUGCACUACUUUUGAAUUACAUUCCUCAAGAGGGAGCAAUCGAUGUCGAGGUUUGUCCGAAAUGCGACGAAGUAAGGAUGGUUCCGGUUUGCUCAAGAAGAUCAUGUAAGGAAUCGAAUGAGCGUAAGUGCAGGGGAUGUCGGUUUUGUGUCUCUAGAUGUGUGGAGUGUUCAGUGUGCCUCGGAUCAGAUACUGAGAUUCAAGAAGCAGCUUGCGGUGGCGAUGUUCUGUGUCUUGAAUGUUGGCUUGUGCUUCCUAAGUGUAGGUUUUGCAAUAAACCUUAUUGCACGAGUCACAGCGGUUUGCGACAAGAGAUUGAAACCACUGAUGAUGCGGCUCGACCUAUGUUUGAAUGCCAAGCUUGUUACUAUAGGGUAGGUACAAACCCAUAUGACGCUUUCGACUAUCAAAUCUAA